CGGGGGCCCCGCCAAGGCGGCCAGCGGCGACGUAGCCGCCGGCGGCGCUGCAGGGGAUGCUGCCCAGGCUGAUGAGGAGAUGCGCGAGGACGACCGCCCGAUGCCCGAGGUUCUGCACGCGCUGCAUAUGCGGCCGGCCGUCGAGGAAGUGUACGGAUGCAAGUGGGCCCACUAUGCUUUCUUGACCCAUGAGCAGAUGGCUGACGGUUGGAUGUCGUACUAUUCUGAUGAUUUCCUGCGCGUGUUCUUUUGGAAUUGGAAGACCGAG